CUCAUUGGGCCUGCGUGGUGGAAUACAAGCGAAGCGGAGGGGGUCGGCGGGCAAGAUGGCUGCUCCUGCGGCUGGUAUGGGCCGGCUAGAGGAAGAAGCGUUGCGGCGAAAGGAACGGCUGAAGGCCCUACGAGAGAAAACCGGGCGCAAGGACAAGGAAGAUGGGGAGCCCAAGACCAAGCAGCUCCGAGAAGAGGAGGAGGUGGAGGAGGGCGAGAAGCACAGGGAGCUCCGGCUGCGGAACUACGUCCCCGAGGACGAGGCCCUGAAGAAGAGGAGGGUGCCCCAGGCCAAGCCGGUUGCAGUGGAAGAGAAGGUGAAGGAGCAGCUGGAGGCCGCCAAGCCGGAGCCCAUCAUCGAGGAAGUGGACCUGGCUAACCUUGCACCCCGGAAGCCUGACUGGGACCUCAAGAGAGACGUUGCCAAGAAGCUGGAGAAACUGGAGAAGCGGACCCAGAGGGCCAUCGCCGAGCUGAUCCGUGAGAGGCUGAAAGGCCAGGAGGACAGCCUGGCCUCUGCGGUGGAGGCCAGCACCGGGCAGGAGGCCUGCGACUCCGACUGAGGCCUGCCCUGCCCCCGCGCCCGCCCACCUGUCCCGCCCUGGAGGAGGACGCUCUUGGACCGGGCGGGGCUGAGCUUGCCGUCUCUUCUUCCUGCUCGCCCGUGGAGUGCGGCUCUGGGCGCCGUCAGUCCAAACCCACCCCACCUGGGGUGCGGUCCGCUCCUCGCCUGCCGAGGGGUCCCCACCACCUGAGUGGGGGCAGAGCCACCACCACCUGAGUGGGGGCAGAGCCACCACCUGAGGGGGCGGCAGCGGUUCCACGGGCCUGCGCUGUCUGUGAAUAUGUAUCACGUGUCGUGAACUUUAUUUUUUAGUUCUGGAAAAAGAAGCCAGCAGACCCCUGUGUGUGGCAGAAACCUGCCGGAUGUUUCCUGGGUCCUCGGGGCGCCGUGGGUUCGGGCCCCCGGACGGGGUGCUGUGGGGUGAUGCUCAAACGAGUAAGCCCUGAUCGGGGCCGGGCAUGCGGAGGCCGACCCGCCGGGCCCAGGCUUGGGUCACUGGUGAUCAUCUCGGAACCCUUGAGUGGCAGACACAGCGUCGGAGAGAGUUCUCGUAAGACGUGCCCAGGGCUGGGCCUGCCGGAUCCUGUGGGACAGCGUGGGGAGGGACAGUGUGUGCAAACAGAAGUUACAGACACGUGAGGAAACCCACUGCCUUACAGAACCACACACACACACACACAGCACAGGCGUGGUCGUCAGUCAGCUGUUGGCGUCAUGCUCUGUGGCCGUGAGAUGAGCCAGACCCAUGUGCAGUGUAGUGGACAGACCUCGAGAGAAGCAAGUCACAGAGAAACAGAGUGUGAGCCGCUCGUGCGAUGCCCCGAAGCAGGCAGAGGAGGACGGUGGGCUCUCCGAGGACAGACGCGCCCCGAUGGAGGCGUCGGCAGGAAAGCGGGGUGAUGGCGUCCACGUCGGGCGUGCGGUGGCUCUGGGGCGGAGUGGGGGGGGCCUGCAGGGCUGCCGGCGGGCCUUUUCUUGGCUCCAGUGAUGGGGGUCCACCUCACUCUCCAUGCGUUCAUUUCACACACUUUUCCUUCUGUACAUAGGCUGUGCUUCCCACAGCUCAAACAGUAAAUUUCCAGCACUUACAACCUAAA